GUUCGAUUGAGUUAGUACUCUCAAUUGGGGGUUUUUCUCAUACCCUAAGUUUUCUAUUCUCAACCGAGUCUCCUCUGUUGCUUCAUCCCUUAACCGAUUCAUACGCGUUUGUUUGGGUGCUUGACUAAUGCAUGUGAGUCUAUUUGGUGAUUGUUUUGGUAGUUGAGAAGUUAAUUGAUCCUAAAACUCAAAAUACAACAUUACUCUGCAAAUCGUGUGAUUGAAAUUCUGGAAUCGGCCCUGUUUUUGACUUCUUACACACCCUGUCAUUCAAGCAGUACAACCUUUAGGCCAUCAGGGAAGAAAUUAGAAGAGAAGAGUAUGUCUCAAUGAUGCUUUUGAAUCAAAAGUUUUGAUGAUUCAUUUUAUCAUCAAUGAUGUCAGUUGAAUUCUUGCUCCAAAUAGUUGUCCUGGAUAUGCAUGAACGAAAUUAUCAUUCUUAAUUUGGUGGUAAUCAUUGCUACUUUUAAAUUCAGCUGUGUAUAACUAAUUAGCAUGUCUUUCUCCUCGUUCUAGCUAGCGCUCUAAUAGCUGUGUCUUUUUCUUGGCAGGGACUACAAGCAUGUCAAUGAUAAACACUAGAUUACCCAAUUGGAAAGGUAGGUAAUGAGGCAAAAAUGACAGAACAAUGUCUGGUAGCUAAAAGAAAUGUGUCAAUUUUGACAACAUUUACUAACAUUUUGGUGAAUCUGAAUCUUUCCUAAGGUUCUGUUGAGAGUAAAAAUCAUCAUGCAGUGUUUUGUUAGCUUCCUGUUAAGGCUGUAAAUGAAAUUUAUUUCAAAGGAAACUCGUGUUUGUAAUUUGCAACUGCUAGUCAAGUAUUGGGUUUCCUAACUCACAUCUAUUUUCCAAGUUUUCACCUUAUUUUCUGUACCAAUGAAUGAUUGGUAAUAAAAUUUCCUAGUUCCCCUAAUCGUUUCAUUCCCAUGAUGCUCUUGUUCUUUUGCAGGUGAAAUAGGAGAGAGUUCUUGAGCUUCUGACAACAAUAUAAAUGUUCAGUGUAGUGUUAAGUAGUAGGUUUUGUGAUGAAUCCUAUAUGCUUCCUCUCUGCUUCGUCUACUCAUGUUGCUUGCUUCUACUCUCUUUUCCUACAGGGAAGAGAGUUGUGAAGCCGUCAAAGAUGACGUCAAAGGGCCUGCCUGCCGGAAUGUUAAUUGCUGUCUGGGGGUGGUUGAGAAAGAUGGAGUUACUUUUGCAAGUGGAAGCAGCCACUGGGGUUACUUUUUUCCGAAUUAUGUGUGUUCGAUCGUAAUUUUAACUACGUACUCUGAAAGAUAGAUAUUAUAAUACAAUAAUAGUUACAUAUGACAAGAUGACCAAUGUUGCAGAUACGAUAUAUACCAUUUUGUUUUCAAUUUUUUUAUAUUACGCAUUCGCCCU